GUUCAGUAAGGGUCGGGUUGUCAGGUCCUAGUUUCCAGAUUCUAUCUUGCGACUCAAGAAAUUUUCAAAAAUCAUGAAGUGGAUUCUAUUGUUGGCAAUAAUCGUUAUUAUACAAUAUGGAGAGGUGGCAGGUUAUCCUUCGAAAAUGAUAUCUGAAAAUCAUCCUAUUGAGCAUACUCCUGCUGACAAGAAUAAGAAAACUCCGGAAAGUAUCUGCGAAUACUGCCAUCUUAGCGAGGAAAUUAUAAGGGCGGCCUACGAAGCUAUGAAAAAAAAACAAACAGUUGAUAUAUUCGGGUAUCACAAGUCACCAUUCGAAGAUAUAUUUCUGCCCCGUUCAGCAAGAUCGCCAGGAAUGGCGCAAUAUUUAAGCAAUUCGUUCGAUGAUAAUCUUGCUAGGAUCAAAGAAAAGUUGGACGUUUUAGAAAGACAGUAUCAAUUCUUUAACGAAUUUUCACAUAAUGCCGAAGCAAUUGGGGAAAAAAGACAACAAAUAGAUCAGAUAUCAUUAACCACAGAAUUAAGAAAAUAUAUAUUUUAUUUCGAUUUUCUUUCGAACCCAUUGCUAGCGGAAUCGGUAUCGGACCAGUGGACCAAGAAAUUUGAUGAUGAUAUAGAUUAUGUCAAGAACAAUUUGGGAUCGUUAAAAACUAACUACGAACUCGUUAUUGAUCAUUUAAAAGAGAUCAGAGCAACAAAAGAACAACAAACAGGUCAUAUGUUCGUGCAUCACGGGUCAUUCUGGGGUGAACCAAUCAAAGAUAUGAUUCAGUCCCGUUCAACAAGAUCGGCAUAUUUAACCGAUUCGUUCAAUGAUCUUUUUCAUUUUAUCAGAACAACGUUGGAAAACUUAGAAAAAUCCUACAAAGACAUUAACAAACUUUUACAGGCCGAAGUAAAUGAGGAAAAAGGAGAACAAACAGAUCCGAUACCAUCAAGUGUGAAAUUAGAUAUAAUGGGAACCCCAUGGACAUUAGAAUCCCCGGAAGUAUAUAUGAUAUUGUCACGUUUGAACAGGUUGUUCGAUAGUGAUAUAGUUAAUAUCGAGGAGAAUUUGGAAGUGUUAAAAAUUAAAUUCAGAUUCGUUAUCAAUCAAUUAAAAGAGAUCGCAGCAAACAGCCCGGAAAAUAAAAAGGAGUAUCCGUCUCCAUCAGAGAGUAUCGUUUCGAAUAACAACACACAAGAAACUGUGACUCAAACAACCAUCAUUCCUACGCCGGAUGAAUCGACGAAUACUCAAAAGCCUGUGCCAAUUAAACAUGACGAUAAAAAGGAUAAACUUGUUGAUGAAAAAGAUCCAUUACAUACACCUGAAAUCGCACCAACCAACAAAACACCAGAAAAUGUAAUAAUCCCAAUUGAAUCGACAAUCUUUGAAAAACUUGAAUUGACAACCAUUAAAAAUGAAGAAAAGCCUGAACAAUUUGAACAAGAAGCUGAAAAUAUGUUUAUAUCAAUAACAAAUAACAAUGAAACGUUUGAGGCACCGAUUGCCCUUGAUAAGAAAAUAAUAAUUAAUCCAGACAACCCAGAAGAUUCAAUUACAUUCGGACAAUUGGUAAGACUAUUGAACACUACUUGAGAAAUAUAAGGAGACAUUGGAACGUCAAAUUUACAAUCAUAAAUAAAUCUACAAAAUUAAAAAAAAUAUUGAAAUGAUAGUAAAAAGUUAAGAAAUCAAUAAUAUUAUACGU